UGUACUGUCACAAAAUAUUAGGCAAAAUAAAAACAAAUUGCAAAUUUAUGUUCGGCCUUUCAAAUCCAUAGGUGUUUUUGUGUUAUUUUUCAUGUCUCAAUCAAUUGCUAUGUAACCAGAUAUUAAAGAUUGAUUCAACAGGACUCCUCUAGAUCGAUUACGAAUUUGCUCUCUGUUUUGCAACUAAUAGAAUUAACGAAUUAUGUAAGCUUCAAAUACCAACACCAGAACAACAGAAACGUGUUCGAAGCAAGUUUGUUCUAUAUUGUCAAAACAUCACAGCCUGAAAAUGCUUCCACGAAUUUGUAUAAAGUUUAAGCUGAAAUACAUCGUAUCGUUAGCAAUCACAGUUCUGCUGUUGGAAUACUUUGGCGCAUUUACUCACGUCUUCGAGGAAGAUUUUGACCGUACCUUCAAGUAUCCAAUGGAGGGAGAUGUCCUGUCCUAUGUUUAUCAGUUGAGACAUGGUCAACAGCCUGCGGUUGAGCCAAUUAACGUUUAUAACUAUUCGUUCAUCAACGACUGUCAACAUAAGUGCAAAGAAGACGAAAGGAUGAUCGCACCUCGACUUGUGUUCAUCAUCAAAUCUGCCAUAGAACACUUCGAUCGUCGGGUGGCCAUUCGGAAAAGUUGGGGAUGGGAGAAAAGGUUUUCCGAUGUAAAAAUUCGUACGGUUUUUGUUCUUGGUCGUCCCGCCGUACCAAACCGCCGACUUCAGUCGUUAAUUGAUCUCGAGUAUGCCAACUAUAGGGACAUUGUUCAGGCGGACUUUGUCGAUGCUUAUUUCAAUAACACCAUCAAAACGAUGAUGGGUUUCCGCUGGGCCGUUAGCUACUGCCCUCGUGCCAAGUUUUAUAUGUUUGCCGAUGAUGAUUUUUACAUUUCGUCUAAAAAUUUGCUCAAGUACGUGCGUAAUCCGGUCAAUUAUCCGGAAUAUCUGGAGGAAACCGAUGAAGCACUGCGUAAGCUUGCCCGUAGACUGAGUCAAACGACAGAUAAUGCUAAUAGUUCCGGCCUGGAACCAAUUCGAUCUAACCUCACGAAACGAUCAAAGCGACAGAUUUUAAAUAUGGAGAUGGAGCUACCCAACGAUGUGAAACUGUUUUCCGGUUUCGUGUUUCGCUCGGCGCCCCAUCGGCACAGGAGCAGCAAAUGGUACGUCUCACUCGAAGAGUAUCCGUGGCAUAUGUGGCCAACCUAUGUGACCGCUGGCGCUUUUCUGCUCUCCCACGAAGCCCUCUUCGAGAUGUACUACGUUAGCAUGUAUACGAAACAUUUCAGAUUUGAUGACAUUUAUAUGGGCAUAGUGGCGCUGAAAGCCGGGAUUGAACCUCUGCACUCGGAGGAGUUCUACUUUCAUAAGGCUGCGUAUCUAGGUCCCCAGAGUUACAAGUAUGUACUGGCCACUCACGGGUACGAUAAUCCAGACGAACUGAUCAAGAUAUGGAACGAAAUUCGUGCCGCCGGAUACGCAUAGAGCUGGUGAAUAAUAGCAUUUAUAGUUUGAGGCCAAAUGAGAAUUGAUUUAUCAGUUUUUUGCAACCAUAGCAAAGGAGAAGUUCUGACCACACUUGCAUACAAUUAUAUUCAAUAAUCAAUGAAAAGACUACUCGAUAACUAGUUCUCUCAUUCAUUAAGUAAUUGUAGGACAGUUAUUUACAGUAGGGAAAAAUAGUAGAAGCGGUUCCUUUGCAGCUGUCAUAACAAAAGUCAGUUUUUAGACUUCUCUCAGACUGAUGUGUGAUAACCAGGUUGAUCUUAGGGAAGACUUUAGCAGUUACGGAUAGAAAGAAAUAAUUUUCUGAGGUUCUUACCAAAUAUUUGUAGUAUUUAUUAUUCCUAAUUAAAAACGUUUAUUGCUAUCA